CCGUUCUCACACACAUGGGCACUGGCGUUACUGCUGCCUGUCCUGGUCACCCCCGCAGUGCCCUGGCAUGUCCCGUGUAGUGUGCCAGGCUCUUCCCGCUACCCAGCCCUAUGGAGACCCUUAUCACUAGGCUCCUCGUUCUUCAGGCUGGUGUUAGUAUGGCAGUAUCGUGACCUCAGGUAUACAGAAUCAGGCUAAACAAUGAGCUAUCCCGGUUAUCCUCCAAUGGGUGGGUUUCCUCCUAUCCCUACAGGUGGUAACCCAUGGGGGGCACCCAGUAAUCCACCUCCCAUUGGGCUGGAUAUGCAAGGUGGUUUCUCUCAGCAGUACAAUCCACAGCAAUACAUGCAGGCAGGAUCGCAGGCAGGAUCAAGCUUUCCAUAUGGAGGAAUGAACCCGUCCCAAGGAAUGUAUCCACCAGCAAGUGGUGGGUACCCACCUACACAGGCACCUGGGUAUGGGGCACCUCAACAACCUCAAAUGCCUGGAUAUGGUAUGUACCCAGCUCCGGGUGGACCUCAACCAGGGAUGCAUGGAUUUAAUGGAGGAUACCCAGGUCAGCUUCCUGGACAACCACUUCCAACACCAGGACAGCCUCCAAUGCCAGCACCAGGGCAGCCUCCAAUGACCUUUCCUGGCCAGCAGCCAAUGCCAGCACCAGGACAGCCUCCAGCGACAUUUCCUGGCCAGCAGCCAAUGCCAAGCUAUCCUCAGAAUCCAGCAGUAAACCCCUCCAUGCCACAGUAUCCAUCACAACCAUCAGGAACACCCAAUAUUCCUCCAAUGAAGGUUGGGAAGAGAGGCACAAUUGCAGAUGCACCAAACUUUGAUCCACUCCGAGAUGCUGAAGUUCUCAGAAAGGCCAUGAAAGGAUUUGGAACUGAUGAACAGGCCAUUAUUGAAUGCCUGGGAAGCCGGUCAAACAAGCAGAGGCAGCAAAUCAGUUUAUCCUUUAAAACUGCUUACGGAAAGGAUUUGAUAAAGGACCUGAAAUCUGAAUUGUCCGGGAACUUCGAGAAAACAAUCUUGGCAAUGAUGAAAGCGCCGGCAGUUUAUGAUGUUUAUGAAAUCCAUGACGCCAUUAAAGGUGCUGGGACAGAUGAAGAAUGUCUCAUUGAGAUCCUAGCAUCUAGAUCCAAUGCAGAAAUACAUGAAAUCAACAGAGUGUAUAAAGUAGAGUUUAAGAAGACCUUGGAGCAAGCCCUUAAGAGUGACACAUCUGGACACUUCCAGAGACUGCUUAUAUCCCUAAGUCAGGGAAACAGAGAUGAGAGCACCAAUGUAGAUAUGUCAUUGGUCCAGCGUGAUGUACAGGAAUUGUAUGCAGCUGGAGAAAAUCGCUUGGGAACUGAUGAGUCCAAGUUUAAUGCCAUUCUAUGUGCACGCAGCAGGGCACACCUUAAUGCAGUUUUCCACGAGUACCAGAGAAUGUGCAACCGAGACUUGGAGAAGAGUAUCUGCCGUGAAAUGUCUGGAGAUCUGGAGAGAGGCAUGCUAGCAGUGGUAAAAUGCCUUAAAAACACUUCAGCUUUCUUUGCGGAGCGCCUCUACAAGGCAAUGAAGGGUGCUGGAACUAAAGACAAGACUCUAAUCCGUAUCAUGGUGUCUCGGAGUGAAGUAGAUCUGGUUGAUAUCCGUCAGGAAUACAAAAGAAUGUAUGGAAGAUCUCUGUACACAGAUAUCACGAGUGACACAUCUGGAGACUACAGGAAGACCCUGCUGAAGCUUUGUGGGGGCAAUGACUAAGCUCGUGUUCACACCUUCUAACUCAAAGACUCUUCAUCUGUGUUUUUUAUGCUUGUUCACAUCAUAGGCUGACUGUUCUGAUAUCGGGCACUCAGCUCCUCAAUGGUAGACUGCACCUACACAAGAUGCAAGAGCAUCAAUAUAUAUAGUCCUAUUGCCAAUAAGCACACUGCACAAUUCAGUUUACUCCCUGUUUCUUCUCAUUAGAUUAUUAUUAUUUUUUUUUUAUUCAUUAUUGAAAUAAAAUGUUUCUUCAUAUAUGUGGAAGCCAAAGGCCACUGGUAUAUUAUCACUUUUCUGACAUAAGUCUCUUUUUUUUCUUCAUUAAAUAUUUUGUUCUUUCAUAGAACAUCAUUUCUGAUGACUGAGGGUAAAGUGUAUAUGAGUUGGAUUUGCCUUAGAUAGUUUAUUCAGGUAAUCCACAGAUGAGCGGGCAGUAUACAGCUAAUCGACAGACAGUAUACAGAGAAAUCUGUAAGACAGAUCCUCACUGAACUGUGAAUAUUUGCCACCAUGGGUUAAAAAAUGCUAGUAUUUAUCUUCAUGUAAUCUGCCACACAAUCUGUUAAAGGGGUACUCCGGUGGAAAACUUUUUUUUUUUUUUUAAAUCAACUGGUACCAG